AUGGCGUCGCUGCGAUUUCGCGCACCGCCAGCGCGGCGUAAGCUUUCUCUAUCCCGCCCAUCCAACGUCCCUCUCACUGCGUACUUCGCGCUCGUCCUAGUACUAGUGCUCCCCGCGGCGCCGCUGACAACAACCGCACAGCCUUGGCGGAAGUCUUCCGCCAACGGACACGCGGGAACCCCCCGCGCCGCCGCCACCAUCCACAAGCUGACGGAACGGCUGCUGUACGCGGGAACAGGAAAGAUUGCGCCGUUGCGGAGGUCGCGGAGCGCCGCCUCUGGCGCUCACGCAGCGGAAACUUCCCUCUCCGCCGACUCCGCCGGCGAUGUCCGCACUACCGCUGAAAGCGCAGUCGCUGCGGACUCCGCGGAGAUAUUGGCGGAUCUUCCGCCUGACGCUGCCCCGCGGGUCACCAGCGGGAAGGUCUCUCCGCGCCGAAGCCACGGCGCGUCCCCAAAGCGUCCCGGCGGCGGGGUAGCGCCUGGCGCGCGGCGCAGAUUGCCGCGGAACCCCGACUUGCGGCGAUUGUGGGAGGAGAAAGUGUUUGCGAAGGGGGUACCGCAGCAGGGGGCAGGGGCAGGGGCAGGGGCAGGGGCAGGGGCAGGGGCAGGGGCAGGGGCAGGGGCAGGGGCAGGGGCAGAAGCAGGGGCAGGGGCAGAAGCAGGGGCAGGGGCAGAAGCAGGGGCAGGGGCAGGGGCAGGGGCAGGGGCAGGGGCAGGGGCAGGGGCAGGGGCAGGGGCGCGGGCAGGGACUGCUGCGGCGGCGGUGGAGUUAAAACGGGUGGUGGUGCGGAAACCUGUGGUGGGGUUCCCUGGGAUCAACCAAAAGUCGCUGAUUACCAGUGGCACGCCGCCCAGAUAUAACAGCAGCAUGACCAAAGUCACACCUCCGGAUGUCGUCAUGUGUGUGGGGAACGGGUUUAUCCUCCAUACUGUCAACUCCGCUAUGGUGGUGUAUAACACUAAGGGACAGCAACUGACAGCAAUCACGCCACACAACGAGUUCUUCAACGCGCUGCCGCGCAACAUGGGGGCAUACGAGGGCGCGCCCAAGGGAGACGCCAUUGGCGACAUGACAUGCACGUAUGACCACCGCUCCAAACGCUUCUACCUCGCUACCUACUGGACCUCUGGGGGCAGCAAGAACGCGUAUGACAGGUUUGGGCAGACGAGGUAUCGAGCGGACGGGACAACGGUGGGGACUGGGCUGCUGGUUGCUGCCUCCACCACUCCCGACCCCACCAAACCGUGGAAUCUCUUCUUCAUCCCCUCAUCCAACGAUGGGAAGAAUUCACACGCUGAUUUCCGCCCUCCUCUCAGCUUUCCAACCAACCGCCUGGUCACUUUCAUGGACUACCCUCAGAUAGGCACGGACGGAUACGGUUUCUAUCUGUCAGCCAACCACUUCUCAUAUGAGGAAGACGGCUUCUUUGGAGUGGAGGGGCCUUACGUUGUCAUAGCACGCCUGCGCAUGUUGCUCGUUCCGACAAGGAAAUGGCAGCCGUUUCGGGUGGUUCUAGAGCGGUUCAGAACGGUUGGAGUGAAGGGGAAUGGGUUGAUUCAGCCGUCUUUAGCGCUGAACAGCCGUGGGAGGGGGAUCGUGGCGGUGUCGCUGGCAGGGCCUUCGUAUUAUCCUUCUGCUGCGUAUGCGACUGUGAAUGGAGAGACAGCGGCGGGUGACGUGGUGGUUGCUGCUGCUGGCGGGGCAGCAUUGGAUGAUUACUCGGGUGAGUGCGAGAGGCUAAGAAAGCCUUUGGGGGAGGAAGAGGUGCUUAUGGGAGGUUAUAUUUUAGGGAGCGUGGUGGUGGCUGCUGCUGCUGCAGGCGGGGCAGCAUUGGAUGAUUACUCGGGUGAGUGCGAGGUGUGGCAGAGGCCCUUGGGAGGGGAGGAGGAAGAGGUGCUCAUGAGAGGGUACAUGGGGUUUGCCUCGGCAGUGCGGUACGGGGACUACAUGACAGCAGGCAUAGACGAGCAGGGGAACGCAUGGGGUGCGGUGCAGUACGUGCCGGGGAGGCCUAGAACCCACUGGACCAACUGGGCUACCUACAUCUUUAAGGCCCGGAGAAUGUACAGCAAGCAAAGGGCUGAUAUGCCGGUGUUGCAGGAGGCAACCCGUGCUUCUGAGGAGGCAACCCGUGCUUCUGAGGAGGCAACCCGUGCUUCUGAGGAGGCAACCCGUGCUUCUGAGGAGGCAACCCGUGCUUCUGAGGAGGCAACCCGUGCUUCUGAGGAGGCAACCCGUGCUUCUGAGGAGGCAACCCGUGCUUCUGAGGAGGCAACCCGUGCUUCUGAGGAGGCAACCCGUGCUUCUGAGGAGGCAACCCGUGCUUCUGAGGAGGCAACCCGUGCUUCUGAGGAGGCAACCCGUGCUUCUGAGGAGGCAACCCGUGCUUCUGAGGAGGCAACCCGUGCUUCUGAGGAGGCAACCCGUGCUUCUGAGGAGGCAACCCGUGCUUCUGAGGAGGCAACCCGUGCUUCUGAGGAGGCAACCCGUGCUUCUGAGGAGGCAACCCGUGCUUCUGAGGAGGCAACCCGUGCUUCUGAGGAGGCAACCCGUGCUUCUGAGGAGGCAACCCGUGCUUCUGAGGAGGCAACCCGUGCUUCUGAGGAGGCAACCCUAUCCCCAUCCCCCCCCGCUAUUCUUAUUCUCUCCCCAUCCCCAUCCCCACCCACUCUCCCUCUUUCCCCCGUUUUCCUACUUCCCCGCAUGAUCCCCAUUUCCCCCAUUGCCCCCAUUCACCCCGUUAUCACCACUCCCUCCGCUAUCCCCAUUUCCCCCGCUGCCCCCAUUUUCCCCGUCCCCAUUUCCCUCAUUCCCCCCAUUCCCCAUCCUCCCCCCCCUGCAGGGCGACUUUAA